CCGGGAUAUUUCAAAAGUCGAGUUAUGAGUAUACUAUAUACUUACUUUUAUAUACAUUUUUAAACGAAUUUAUUAAAGAUGGAGAAACCCGACGAAAAUGGAUUCGUUAAUAUUACGUGGCCAAGCAAAACUAUUCCAUAUGGCGGAAUAUUUCAUACACGAACAGUCGAACCUUCAGCUGCUCAACAAGAAUUUUUAAAAGUUUUACUGGAAGAGUCAAAGUUGAGUAUAUCUCAACGGCAGAAAAAUGCGUUCGCUUUGCGCCAGAAUGAAGAAAACAUAAAAAAGUCAGUUCCAGAAAUUCCACUUGUUCGACCUCGAACUUCGCGCCGACGAUCUCUUUCAGCAAUACGAGAAGCUGAAGCUCUUAAUACUGAAGUAUAUCGCCCCCUUAAAAGAGGCGAAGAUCGGGAAAAAUUAAAAGAAAGAUUAGCUCAUUGCAUGACAUAUGGGGAUGUUGAACAAAAACCACCAGGACCGCCACGCCUUAUAAAGCUAAAACCUAAACCACCAUCUAAAAAGGAACAGUGGAAUGACUUGGUUACUCAAAUACGAGAGCGUGCUGAAUGGUUAGCUGAUAUGGAAGAUUUAGGACAUGCUGGACCACAUCGCGAACUGAUCAAAGAUCAGAUUGCUGAAAGGAUGAGAGCUCUGGACGCGUUAGGUGUUGACAGUGUUUGUUCUACUGCCCGUUCUAGUGCAUCUGGGUUCAGUGUCCUUCCUAGCCAGCACAGUUCAAAAUCGAAUAGGAGCAGUAGCACUAAAAUUUCUAAUGAUUCUAACAAUAUGCACAGGAAGCAAAAACAAAAGAAAGUUAGCAAAUUAUCAGGUAAAUUUGAAGAAAAUGUAGCUGAAUAUGAAAAGUUGUCACCAUUACAAUAUUCCCCGCGACGACGUGUAUGAUUAAUUAACAAGAACAUGUCACUUAUAUUAUUAAUUACAGCAAAAGAAAAUCUUUAGUUAUACUGGAUAUCCCAUUUUGAAAUUAUGUUUAAACAAAGUUGUUGACUAAAACAAAUUAGUUAAAUAAUAAAUGAAUUUAAUCAUCAAUUA